AUGGCACUUAAAGCUGUGGAUAUCCCUACUUUUGCUCGCACGCAGCUUGGGCUUCUCGACGAAGAACUCAAAAUUGAAAUUGCGGAAACAAGCAGCCUCGUGUCUAAUCACAGCCCUACGGCGCUGCAGAGAGCUGGUGUCGCCAUUACAAAUCUGGUCGUCUCCUCACAGCGGACCGGUCUGGGAGGCAAGACUGUGUUAGAACUGAGCCCUGAUAGUGCCACCUCAGGCACCGGCGAGCUGCCUGAGCACGGUAUUCGGACUGGUGACAUCGUCCUGGUCAGUGAGCAACCGGCCGGUAGUGCUAAGAAGAGAGAAGUCAAAGACCUAGAGAAGAAGGGUGUCAAGGGUGUCGUGACCAGGGUACGCAGGGGAGAUGUCGGUGUCGCUCUUGACGAUGAGCGCGAUGAUUCUGUCCCAGGAGGCCGGGUGUGGCUGGUCAAGCUCGCAGACGAUGUUACAUAUCGAAGGAUGAACCAGACCAUGGAAAAAAUGGAGAAGAUGGGCGAGUCAGAGUAUUCGGUAUUCACGCGCGUUCUCUUCGGGUUAUCUACGCCGUCACUUGUCGCGGCAGACCUCACUACAGAUCCAGAGUUUGGAAAGAUUGAAUGGAUCGAUCCCACACUGAAUGACUCACAGAAAGAUGCCAUUCGCUUCGCUUUGGCGUCGAGAGAGAUCGCUCUCAUUCAUGGACCUCCUGGAACGGGCAAGACACACACAUUGAUCGAACUGAUUCUACAGAUGAUAAAAAGAGGAUUGAGGAUUCUCGUCUGCGGCCCAUCAAACAUAUCCGUUGACAACAUCGUUGAGAGGCUGUCUCCUCAUAAGAUCCCCAUCCUCCGGCUUGGCCACCCAGCUCGGCUCUUACCGUCGGUUCUCAAUCAUUCUCUAGAUGUCUUGACACAAACCUCCGAAGCAGGCGCCAUCGUCAAGGACGUCCGGUCUGAGAUGGACUCAAAGCAGGCCUCGAUCCGCAAGGCCCGAAGUGGCAAGGAGAGAAAAGCUAUCUACGCUGAUCUACGAGAGUUACGCAAAGAGUAUCGCGAACGGGAGAGGAAAUGUGUGAGCGAUCUCGUGCGCGAAAGCAAGGUGGUACUGGCAACCUUACAUGGAGCGGGUGGCUUCCAACUCAGACAAGAAGAGUUUGAUGUUGUGAUCAUUGAUGAAGCGAGUCAAGCUCUCGAGGCCCAAUGCUGGGUUCCUCUACUCUCUGCGAAGAAGGCAGUGUGCGCAGGAGACCAUUUGCAAUUACCACCAACCAUCAAGUCCCUGAAUUCGAAAUCCAAGAUUGAGAAACCCAAGGAUAAGACCAGUUCGGGCAGGAGUACGACCUUGGAAACCACACUUUUCGAUAGGCUGUUAGCUCUCCACGGCCCGUCAAUAAAGAGGAUGUUGACAAUCCAAUAUCGGAUGCAUGAAAAGAUCAUGCGGUUCCCUUCAGACGAGUUGUAUGAGUCUAAGCUAGUUGCAGCAGACUCCGUCAAGGACAGACUUCUCAAGGAACUUCCCUAUGAGAUAGAAGAUAACGACGACACCUGCGAGCCACUCAUAUUCAUCGAUACACAAGGAGGAUACUUCCUCGAGAAAGAGGAGGAGGAAAGCAACACAAAGGUGAAGGCAUCACUCCAUGGCGAGAGCAAAAGCAAUGAAAUGGAGGCCGCACUUGUGAAACAGCAUGUCCGGAGCCUAGUAGACGCCGGCCUCAAGCCGGAUGACAUUGCAGUCGUGACCCCAUACAAUGCCCAGGUACGCCGCAACCCCCUCAUGGGAGCAUUAUUGCAUUGA